UAUAUGAUCAUAGCCCGGGAUGAUGCAAUCCCCAUGGCGUAGAGUAUUGCUGUAACCAGGUGAGGAAGAGGGGUCCCGUUGGAAUGGUGGGGGAAUUUCAGCACCUCUCUUCUUCGUAAUUGAAAACGGAAGGAAUUGCCGCUUCGGAGCAACAUCCAGCGGAGAGUUGAGAAUUGAAUCUAGUUUUGAUGUGAGAAUAUCUGAUUGAGGAGAAGGUCGGAGAGUGGAGGUGAAGAUGCCUCGAGUGCGGGUAGUUUCGAGAAACUUCAUGGAGAUGGUGGCUGCAUUACCAGCAGCGAAGCUGGAUUUGCUCUAUGAUCGUCAUUGGACUUGCCAAGCAGUUUUUCGUUCAUUACCUCCUUUGGCGAAGCAGUACGUGCUGCGUCUAUUAUGGGUUGAAAAUGCCGUUCCCCUGAAAUCUUGGCAAGAAUGGGCUCGACCGGAGGCCCUUUCCAAGCAUCAAAUAGCAAUAGACCGGUUAGAGCAAUUACGAGUCAUCUUGCCUGAAAGGAAGAAAGAAGUGUGUUAUAGGAUGAAUCCAAAACUACAGAAACAACUCCGGCAAGCAUUAAGCACAGGGGGCGGGCCUCCAAGGGACGUCGUGUCUGAAAGUGUUGCUGCUAGAGUUCCGAAUUCUGCGGAUCUCGAAAACUAUGCCAUGAAACAGUGGGAGUCGGUGCUUUUGCAACUUGUAGAUUGUGCGGCAGAUGGUCCUGCGGGUCCUAAAAAUCCUUUUAUCAUUAAAGUCUUCCAGCGAUCAGGGCUUUUAACCCCGUCUAGCAGAGAGAACGAGUCGCCUUCACUCACCGACCUGGGCUUCCAAUUCCUGCUGAUGGACACCAAUUCGCAACUGUGGCAGCUUGUGCGGGAGUAUGUUACGUCAUCUGAGGACCGAGGGACAGAUAGCGGCGAGCUUGUAGGCUUCUUAUUAGAGCUUGGUUUUCAUCUUGUGGGAGAAGCGUAUUCUGUCAACUCUUUGUCUCCUGCUCUUCAGAAGGUUUUGGAUGAGCUUGCUGCCUUGGGGCUUGUGAAGUUACAACAGGGUAUGAAGGAGAGCUGGUAUAUUCCUACCAAGCUUGCGUCGAACCUUUCUGCAAGUCUUUCGGAAUCAACUGAUUGGCAGUCUUCCGAGGGUUUUGUUGUGGUGGAGACAAAUUUUAAAGUUUAUGCAUACACAUCCUCGAAGCUGCAAACUGAAAUUUUACGCUGUUUUACACGGCUAGAGUACCAGUUGCCGAAUCUGGUUGUAGCCACUCUCACCAAGGAGAGUGUCAAUAAAGCUCUUGGAAGUGGAAUAUCAGCGGAACAGAUAAUCUCAUUUCUUCGCAAGCAUGCACAUCCUCAUGUUGCUCAGAAGAUUCCUGUUGUCCCAGAAACUGUUUCAGAUCAACUGCGUUUGUGGGAAACGGAUCGAAAUAGAGUUCAAUUUGAGCCUGCUUAUUUUUACGAUGACUUCCCCACAAUGGCUAUUUACGAGGCUGUUGUAGCUCAUGCGCGAGAUCUUGGUGGACUCCUCUUUGAAGAUGCUUCUGCCAAGAGGCUAAUUGUGCGAUCAGACCUGCACGAAGAUAUGCGGCAAUACAUACGGAAGCAAAGCAGCGGAGCACCUGCACAGCGGAAAUGACAAGUUUUUUAUAAUUUCGUCUUGCUCAUCGCUGUGUCGAGUUGGAUGACCUCAUUGUCGGAUUUAAGGGGGCUGCGUCAAUUUUAUGUAGCUAGUGCAAUUUGACGCCAUACAAAAUUCAAGGUCCCACUUGGGUGUUAUUUGUGUAUCCUCCCAUUUAAUUUAGUAAAAUGCCACCAUGAAAUUUCUUAUU